AUGGCGAUUGCAAGCGCCUCGUCCUCGAGCUCGUCAAAGCCGAAGAAGGGCGCAUCAUGGCUAUCGAGUGCCAAGGCGGGUCUCAAGAGCAUAGGCGGGCACACGAGCGUCCCAAUGUCGACGACGAGCAGUGGCAGCUCCACACUCACCGACUCGCUCGGCGGCGGCGCGAGCGGUGCGGCGAGCAGCGCGGGGUCAAUUACCAUGCUCUCACGAGUGGUCAGCCGGACGAGCAAGGGCAAGGAGCGGGCGGUCGAGCCGGACAACGCUCGUCUCGAGGCGAUGGUCGGUUCGGUGGCUGCUAGUCUCGCCGACAUGCCUGCGAUUGCGCCGCGCAAGAUCAUCGGUGCGGUAGAGGACGAGUGGCCGUUAUACAGCUGUCGACCUUCCGACUACGAGAUUGGCGAGCCUGUCGGCUAUGGUGCAGCAGCAGUCGUGCACAUGGCGACCUUCUGUCCAGCAAACGUUACGCCUCGCCCGAAACCCCUGACUUGCGCGGUCAAGAUCAUUGACGUCGACCGCAUGGCGACGGACGCCGAUAUCCAGCGACUACGGAUGGAGACGCAGCUCAUGGCGCUCAGCAAGCAUCCGAACGUCUUGCGUGUGCGUGGACAGUGGGUCGCUGGCUCGAAACUGCACAUCGCCGUGCGAUACAUGGCGCAUGGCUCGCUACUCGACAUCUCGCGCUACGCCUUUCCCGACGGUUUCCCCGAGGACGUCAUCGCAUGUGUACUCGCGCAAGCUCUCAACGGUCUCCUGUACCUGCAUCAGAACGGAUGGAUCCACCGCGACAUCAAAGCGGCGAAUCUCCUCGUCGACGAUGACGGAACCGUCUUGCUCGCCGACUUUGGCGUCUCGUCUUCCCUCUUCCCCGACACGACGUCUGGGACAAGAGGCGAGGCGAUCAUCCGAGAUGCGAUGGCGCCGCGGAAAUCGUUCGUCGGCACCCCCUGCUGGAUGGCGCCCGAGGUCGUCGAGCGCAAGGCGUACGACUCGAAGGCCGACAUCUGGUCCUUCGGCAUCACCGCUCUCGAACUCGCCUCAGGCCGCGCGCCAAACUCGCUCUACCCGCCUGCGAAAGCGCUCAGCAAGACGAUCAUGGACGACCCGCCCGAGCUCGACCGCGAAGGGGGCAAGUACAAGUACAGCAAGGAGAUGGGCAAGAUGAUCGAGAGCUGUCUCCAGAAGGACCCGGCGAAGCGACCAACGGCCGAGAAGCUCCUGCAACAUCCCUUCUUCCGAGGAGCGAAGAAGAAGGGCUUCCUCGUAUCGGCUCUUCUCGACGACCUGCCUCCACUGCAAGACCGUCAACAUCGUCGUCGUCGAGCGUCUGCCUCAAACGGCGACACUUUCGCAUCCUGGGACUUCAACCCGACCGUCCUGCAUACUCCGCAGCGCACGACCUCGAGCGACGACCCUUUCGACGGCUUCAGCGCUGCUCCCUCUCCUCUCCAUCCUCGACGGUCUUUCUCGUUCCAGCAGCAGCAGCCCGACCUGCGCGGUUCGCUGCGGCUCGGCCCGACCUCCCGCGACCGGGACACGAGCAAGGCGUCCAGCCACCGCCGUGGUAUCAGCUUCGACCUCGACCCGUCACCUGCGACGAGUCCUCGAACGACGGCAGGGUUCUCUUUGACGGGCAGCGUGCACUUCGAGGAGUCGGAGGCGGUGACGGAGAAGGACGAGGAGAAGAGCGAGGAGAAGGCAACUUGA